CUCAAGAGCCUGGACAGCGCCUGUGGGAAGACGAGCAGGAAGGAGCGGAGGGAAGGAAGUGGUCAGCAGCCCCGGGGUCUCAGAGAGCCCAUUGUGAUGCUGGCCAGGCUGGUGCUUGGGACCUCAUGCAGGGCCGUCCUAGGAUCAAUUGAGCCUGCGCUUGGCGGUUUGAAGUCAAGAUGGGGAAGCAGCCAACAUUUUUGUUCUACUCUCUCUAAGGAUGUGACUUAUAGGGAACUUAAAAACCUAUUGAACUCCAAAGACAUUAUGUUAAUUGAUGUUAGAAAUACAUGGGAAAUUCUUGAGCAUGGAAAAAUACCUGGAUCAGUCAACAUACCAUUGGAUGAGGUAGGUGAAGCGCUACAGAUGAACCCAAGGGAGUUCAAGGAGAAGUACCAUGAAGAGAAGCCAUCCAAGUCCGACCGUCUAGUGUUUUCUUGUCUAGCUGGAGUGAGAAGUAAGAAGGCUAUGGACACAGCAAUAUCACUGGGCUUUAACAGUGCUCAACAUUAUGUUGGAGGAUGGAAGGAAUGGGUAACCUAUGAAAUUUCAGAGAAGAAACAAAGUUGACUUUUGGAAUAACAGACUCUGUGUUCAUAUAGACAAGGAUGGUGGAUUAAGCAAAAGAAAAACCCAACCUUGGUACCAAAGGCUAAUAGAUUCUGUAUAACUACCUGGCGACUGUUUUCCUCAUCUGAGAACUGAGGGUACUGUUCCCCUGAACAUUUUCAAAGACUACUGCACACUGAGAUAAUAUGAAUCGCCAUUGAAAUAGAUUCUACCGUUCAUUUUUUUAAAAUUCUUCUCUUAUACAUUACAUCCCACACCUCAGUUUUCCCUCCCUCUACAGUUAAUUUUUAAGUAUUUUGGCAUUCCAAAAAGAUCAGAUAGCUUGUAUUACCUAAUCAUGUGUGGUCAUGGCUGUGAGCAGGAACAGUGUGUUAACAAGCAGUCCCAAUUUUAAACAAUAACUUAGCUUCCAGUUUUAGCCUCACACUUAUAGGUCCAAUACUUGAAAGAUGGAGGCAAGAAGAGUUCCGUGAGUUUGAGUCCAGCUGGGGCUACAGAGACCCUGUUUCAAAAGAAAAGAAUCUGGGGUCUGGAGAAGUCAACUCUACUCAGGAAACCCAUUUCACAGCAUCUGAAAACUCAUGGCAAUGUGUGGCCAGAAUAGUAACAAUGUAACUCAUUUUAAAAAGUACAACUAAUGUGAGGAUAAAUAUCCCAACGGGUUAUGACUGUAGAGAGCAAAGUAACCUGGAAGAGGCCAGGAAAUUUUGGGGGAUACUAGAGACGUUCUGUGGCAUGAGAGAAGUGUCAGGAGUGUGUGUCAAAAACUCACCAAAGCAAACAUAAAAAUGUGUCUUUACAACUCACAGACCUCAAUUUCAAAACUAAUAAAAUAUUGUCCCAGUGUGA